UUUCUUUUUAGACCUGAAGGAAAGUCAUCAUGGGAGCAUUUUUAGACAAGCCAAAGAUGGAGAAGCAUAAUGCCCAAGGGCAGGGGAACGGGCUUCGUUAUGGUCUGAGUAGUAUGCAAGGCUGGCGAGUCGAAAUGGAGGAUGCACACACAGCUGUGAUUGGUUUGCCAAAUGGACUUGAUGGAUGGUCAUUUUUUGCUGUAUAUGAUGGGCACGCUGGAUCACAGGUUGCCAAGUACUGCUGUGAGCAUUUAUUAGAUCACAUCACAAGCAACCAGGAUUUUAAAGGGCCAGAUGGGCCACCAUCUGUGGAAAGUGUAAAGAGUGGCAUCAGAACAGGUUUUCUGCAAAUUGAUGAACACAUGAGAGUCAUCUCUGAGAAGAAACAUGGUGCAGACAGAAGUGGGUCAACAGCUGUGGGUGUCAUGAUUUCUCCCCAGCAUACAUACUUCAUCAACUGUGGAGACUCAAGAGGUUUACUUUGUAGAAACAGGAAGGUUCACUUCUUCACACAGGAUCACAAACCAAGCAACCCACUGGAGAAAGAGCGCAUACAGAAUGCGGGCGGCUCUGUAAUGAUUCAGCGUGUGAAUGGCUCUCUUGCUGUUUCAAGGGCACUUGGGGACUUUGAUUACAAAUGUGUCCAUGGGAAAGGUCCUACAGAACAGCUAGUCUCACCAGAGCCUGAAGUUUAUGAAAUUGAGAGAUCAGAAGAAGAUGAUCAGUUCAUCAUACUGGCUUGCGAUGGUAUCUGGGAUGUUAUGGGAAAUGAAGAGCUCUGUGACUUUGUAAGAUCCAGACUUGAAGUCACUGAUGACCUUGAGAAAGUUUGCAAUGAGAUAGUUGACACCUGCUUGUACAAGGGAAGUCGGGACAACAUGAGUGUGAUACUGAUCUGCUUUCCGAAUGCCCCAAAGGUAUCACCGGAGGCGGUGAAAAGAGAGGCAGAGUUGGACAAGUACCUGGAAAGCAGAGUAGAAGAGAUCAUAAAGAAGCAGGGUGAAGGAGUGCCAGACUUAGUCCACGUGAUGCGUACGUUAGCAACUGAGAGCAUCCCAAACCUCCCGCCAGGGGGUGAAUUGGCAAGCAAACGGAGUGUAAUAGAAGCUGUUUAUAACAGACUGAACCCCUACAGGAAUGAUGACACUGAUUCUGCCUCAACUGAUGAUAUGUGGUAAAACUGCUCAUCUAGCUGUGGAGUUCACGUUUCAUUCUUCAAAUGAAAGUGCAGCCCAACCUCAGUGACCCUUCUUAACAUCCACCCUCAAUAUUAAUUAAAGAAGGGAGUAUGAUGUGUUGGUGAGAGUGACUGCAGCAGAAAACUACAGCAGUACGACAUCUAGCCCAGGAACUGAUCUUUUUUUUUUGUAAAACAGACUUCUGUAAACGUGAUUUCAAACCAUAAUCCAUGUUGUAAAUCAGACUCCAGCAAUUUAUGUUGUAUGAUUUUGUUUUUUUUGUAAAGUGCAAUUGUCUUUGUACAAAAUGCUCAUAUUUAAUUAUGAACUGCUUUAAAUCACUACAAAGGUUAGAAGAAAUGUUUGACUUGUGUGAUGCAACAAUAUAUAUCCCUUUACAUUCAUGUUGUGGUUUUGGAUUGCAAGGAGCAGCAGCCUAGCCAGCUAGGUGCUCGAGAGGUGCACAAAACUAAGGAUAACAUUUUUGUCCUCUAUGAAAGCUGAUCUUGUGGGCGACUUUCCCAAAAUCACAGUAGGGAAUUUGCUUGGCAGUGGAAAAACAACGAGAGAGUAGUGCACAUUCUUCAACAAGCAGAUCUUGUUUUCUCAGAGGUACUCCUGCUCUCACACUGAGUUGAAGGGAGUUCUCAUUUCGACUUCGGUGGGAGUUGAAUCAUGCCCUAUUAAUAGUAUCAUGUGUUCAUAAGCAUAUGAACCUCCAGAUUAGAAUGCCUCGAUUCUCUGCACCUCUUUUCAUUAACCCUUACCUGAAAGUUACUAAUCACUGAGCACAAACAGGCAGCUUUCUACGCACCGUAGGAGUCUGCAGCAUUUUUACAAUCUUAAUUGGCUGGAUCUGCUGCUGUUCCAAGUGAAAUACUUUGAAUUCCAUUUUAUCAAUAAAGCUUGGUUUAACAAACAAGAAAUUUAUCCAUAAAUGUGUAAUUCCUUUUUUCCUGCCUUUUAAAAUGUCAGUGCCAUUGUAAAUGAUCUUUUACACGUGGAAGAAUAUUUUUAUUAAUUGGUAGCCCAUUUUUAAAAUGGGAAGAGUUUUGAUUAUUGCCCAAGACAUAGCCAUAUGCUAGAGGAUGAAGUGGGAUAAAUCUGUGACCCUGUUUUUUAUGAGUAUGGAUUUUUUUCAGGCUUCUUCUGUUCUCCCCACUGAAGAUGUGCAUUGGUUUGAAUUUGCCUACUGUUUGAUAAAAAUACAUUUGUCAUAGCCUGACAAUCUUUAACAUUUUAUGGUGUGUGUUUUUAAUUGACCCACUUACUUACAAUGAGAGACUAGUGGUUAAACAGUACUUGUGAUUAGAGAUAUAGCAUGUUGAUAAUAUCUAACUGUUUGUUGUUUAAAAUUCUAAUUUAAAAUUUUAUAAGAGAAUAAGUUGAUUUAAGGUAAGCUUUCUCCCAUUGAACAUGCAAAAUUAAGUUUUAAAGUCAGUCGUGUUUGCAAAACUGCUGUUUUGUGCACCUUGUAUUGUCUUUUUGGUUGAGAAUAUUGUAUUUAAUAUGUAGUUUACUCAUUUAGUAGGCAGAUUCCCCAAAAGGAAAAUCAGUAAAACAAGUAGAUUGUAACAUUUGCUACAGAUAAACAGAAUCAAAACUUGGUGUAUAAUUAUUUUGAUAGGAAAACGUAGUACAAUGCAUUUUGCUAUGUGUCUUUCCCUAACUUUGAAAUAUACAUAUUUGUAUAUAUAGCCUUAAAACUAAUGCAGAGUUAGGGAACACUGAACAGUGAAAAAGUAACUUAUAGUGUCUUGGAACUAAGUAUAGUAUAUACCAGCAAACUUUUCUUUUUAUCCCUCUUGUCUGUGUGGGGUGCUUAAAACGUAACUUCAUUGUAUUCAGUUUGUAAUCUGUCGGAGCAUGAAUGAAGAAAAAAUAAGCACUAUUUGUAUUUAUAAAUUUCUAGCAAUUUUUGCUUAAAGAACCAGUUCCUUACCUACCUAUGAAUAAAUGCUUAAAAUGUCUGAUUUUGUUGUAGAGUGCAAAACUAUAAUAACGUUAAGUUAGAGCUUCACAGGCACCUAAUUAACAGGCUUAUUUAAUAACACGUGGCGUGUUAGUGCGAAAAGCUACAUGCAAUUUAGGACUAGGCAGAUAAGGUUCUGUCCUUUUUCAUAUAGACUGAAGUUUAGUUUUGGAAAAACCUCGAACUGGACUGUGGAAACCUUUUCAGUUUCAAACUUUUAAAAAUCGGAAGCAAAACUGUGGUGUGUAAAGCCAUACUUCGUAAUUGCUUAAGCUGUCUCAGUGACAGAUUUGUGUAGUUGAAGCCUCUUCCUAUGAGGCCUCCUGAAGGUUAGGAAGGAUGUACCUCUCUGUUGUGACAGGUGCUGUCACUGGGUUUGAGGGCAGUGGCAGAAGGCCUGUUUCAGGCCUUUCUCCCUCCCAGCUGCGUUCGGCGUUUUGAUGAGGUCAGAGCACUGAAUCUAUUAUGUAUGCAUAAACACUGCCAUUUUAGAUACAGAUUUUGAUUACAAAAUACACUAAUUAUGUAAAGCAUCCUAGAGGCAAGCUGUACUUUUCACUGCUCUGAAAAGAAAAAGGCACUUUUGCACGUUUGUGCACCUCCUUCUUGCACCAGAAACUUUUCUUUAAUGCUAAAAACAUUAGCACCUCAGGGGCAAGGCAGCAAUUUUUCUUGAAGUAUUGUGUGCUAUUUAUUUCCCUCAUGGAAAAAGUUUCCUGUGUGACGAAAAUGAAAAUUGUGUGAUGUUAAAAGAUGUAUUUUUAAAUACGUGUUCAAAUAGGGUGGUCCCAAUUUGUUUUUUUUUUUUUUAAAAAAAAAGAAAUGAUAUUUGUAAAGCUACUUCUCUUCGUAUGCCAUGCAACUUUGUUUUCCUUCUACAUUUAACAGCUUCACCGGCUUCAGUUUUCUGUGAGUUUUGUUACAGUCAGAUUAAAUGUUUCACUGGUUGUUCUGGGAAAAUACCUGUACUGCUUUACAGACAACUGUUUCAAAUCAUUCUCACUAAUUCAGCAUUGAAAUAUGUUCAAGACAGAAGCUUCUUCCAAAAUGUGUUUUAAAAACCAGUGUUGUAUUAACUGUGAUUACAUUAAACAGGGCCCCAGACUUGCAAGGCUUUGUAAAAAUCUGUUGUCAGUCACAUCCUGGUACCCACAGUGGGCACAGAUCAGCAGGUCCUGAGCAAGCAGUGGCCUUUCAGCUGGCCUGCACUUACAUAGUCUGUAAGCAGCUCUGCAGAGCCCCUGAUGCGUGCCCAUCACUCAGUGUAAUUUCCAGCAGAAGUCAGAAUUGGAGAUCAAAAUUUCACCUCCUUGUUAUUAACCUAUGCAGAAUUGUGGUAAUUCUAGGUUGUCUCAUGCUAGCGAGAUGCCUACAGAAUAUUAAGCAGCAGAUGAGGAAUUGCACUGACCUUGGUGGUUCAUGCAGGUGCCAAAGUUGUUCAUCUUAACACGUGCUUAGGAUACUGACUUGAAUGACAAUGAGAUCGUUUACUAGGAAAUUGAUCUCAACUGUAUAGGUUAAAAUCUGAGCCAUUUCCCUUAGUUCAAGGAUUGGAAACUUCAGGGUGAUUUAGUAAAACUGGGGAGUAGUUUGCACUGCAGUUGAUACCCCGAUAAGAAUCUCAUUUUGACUUGUUACACUGGGCUAAUAGAGGCUUCCUGUUGCAUUUUGGUUUUUUAAUAAUUUAUAAACUAAGGAUAUGGUUUCAUGGUCAACUAAUAUCAAGACUGAGCUAUUGCUAUAAGUUUCCUUCCACUGCCUGCUUUGUGUUAGCAGUAGUGCUUCUGUGGCUGUGCAGUUAUGAGAGGGAGAGAAAACCUGUGCUCUUCAUCUUGAAUAAAUGGAUAUUGCAAGUACCUGGUGCUAGCAGCAGGCAGGGCUGUGAGCAGAGGAAUGGAUGCAGCGCUCCUUUUGCUGGGGAGGUCAGAGCCUCAGUGCAGAUAAAUGAUGGACCUACAUAGGAAGUAUCAAAGCCUUUGCAGAUCUUUCUCCACACUAUGCUUAAGACAAAUAUUUUACCUUGGUCAGCAUUCUUUUUCUUGAAAGUGGAAUCACAAAACCUUGAGUUUAAUGUUUUGUAUGGGAGCUCCAUGGUGACAAAUGGACUUCUUGUUAACUAUCUGUAGUUGUGUGCAGCUCUGUCCCAAGAGAGAGGUAGCUUGGCUGUCACAAUUAGGUUAAUGAAAAGGCUCUUAGAGUGUACCUUAUUUCACUGUACAGCAGGAUUUCAUCAUGUUAAGAUGUUCACUUGAAUUUCUACAUGUGCAUUCUUGAACUGCUGUAUAGCCACUUGAUACAUUUAAAUUUCUUGAUUAUUUAACUUGGCCGUUUCAGCAACAGGUGAACAUUUAGUCAAGCACAACCCUUUUUCCUCAUCAUUGGGCAAAUAGAAGAUUUCCCCAGCGGAGCUGGGGAGCUGUAUUUCCUUAGGAAUUGGAAUUGUUACUCCGUGCCAAGCUUCUGGAGGUGUAAAAAUGUCUUCAGGAUAACUGGUGUCACUCCUUGUUUCCUGCAGCUGUGUCCAUUUCAGAUGAUCACGACCUAAGCCUUCAUAUGACAUUACAAGGUGCACAGUCUCUAUUUGACUGGAUAGAUUUUUAACUCUUUGAGUGGUAAGAAGGGGCUCCACACGUGAAUUUCUAGGAUGUUGUAGCGCAUAAAAUGAAUGCAAUUCCUAGAGUGAGCCAUUAAAAUCUAUAAAAAUGGUGAAAUUUGCAGGUAGCGAUCUGGGCUAAGCAUUUUGGAUAGAGCAGUGUUGAUCGGAGGAUGCAACCUUCUGGUGAGCUCUUCCUAAGCUGCUUCUGGAGCACUUGCACAGUCUGCAGCUCAGACAUUGCCUCUGGAAGCUGUUUGUACCCUUAUUUGCUUCAUACUGGUAUUGCUUUGUGAAUGAGGUAGCAGGUACCUGGGCCUGGCAUUUGGUUGCAGAAGGUAAAGAGGCUACAGGAGAACUUAAAACUUUUGUUUACAGUCAUAGACAGCUAAAUGCUUUCAAGUACAAAAAGAAUAUCAGCAUGCUGAAAAUUAGGUUUACAUCAUCUCCUGCUGAAAAUGAAUUUUCAGGGGAAUCUUCCAAAAUUUGUUUAGUACAUGAAAAAGGCACUUUAAUCUUAUUAUGUUGUAGUUGCCGACUUACCAUGAGCCAUAUCUUCAUUUCAUUUUCCUUUCAGGUAGCGGUAAAACAGUUUUUUUCUUGUCCUUUAGGCACUGUUACAGUAGAGAUUUUUGGUUGCCAGCCAAGAGUCCAGGACUGGUUGUGGUGUCUUAAGAAAAGGGCUUCUGAGGAGGUGUGCAUUACUUACAACAGAAAUCUUAGUCUUUGCAACCACAGUAUUUGGAGAAGUGCAUUUAACUUAUUGCCUUCUGUAGGAUUAAUGACAUCGUUCGACUGAAAAUUUCAAAACUUCAGUGAGAUGGGAUGGUAGGUCAGACUUCAGGAUUAUGUAUGUUUUUAUGCCUAACCAAAUUUUUAUGUUUAACUCUUAUUCCUGUCUGAAUACUUUUUAAAAUAUCUUCUAUGUUUAAAUAAAAAAAAAAGAGAGGGAGAAAAUUAAUGCUCGUUACUACUGUAUAAGCAGUAAUUUGUUUGCAGGGAUGAGUGCUGUGUCAGACAGCAGUGUUUUUCUCUAAGAGCACUGCAUCCACACUUCUCAGCUCACUCAAUAGCACCAAGAAAACUGAAAUUCAUGUGUGCUUCCAUUAACUGUGUGGCUCUGAAGAGCUGCUGGAACCAUGUGUUCUUGAUGGCUGAAGUAGACAGGACUAUUGACAUAUAUUGUGAGCGAACCUCCACUGCAAGGGAGAUGUCACUGUGAUUUUUCUUGAGAAGUAUCUUUGUGAAUUAAAAUGAGAAAACAGACUUGCAGGUCAGAAAACAUUACAUACUUCUCUUCAUACCUGUAGACUGAGGUCUUCGGAGUUUAAUUUCAUUUGCAUUGCUGAAUUCAACUCAGUUUGAGCAAUGGAAAAAACAGUUGCCAAUUUCACUUUCACUGCUGGGUUUUCAUGCUGCAGCACAAUAUUUUAGUUCACACUGCAAGGGAAAAUUGAACUUAAGUGAUCUUAGGAAAAUGGAAGUGCUUUCUUAACAUCAGCCUGCUGAUGUUGGUGGAGAGUCACUCCCAGUACAUAGAGUUUGCACAAGUAUUGUUGCAGCCUCAACUGUCCCACUUUUGUUGGAGUUGGUUUUGAAAAAGAUUUCAAAGCCGGAGGGGAAGAAGGUGACAGUCCUAAAGCAAAGCGGUAGAUUAAUUAGAAUUAAUAAUGUCCUAAUUCUUUGAGUAUGCAAGUCAGCAGUUUUUUUCUUUUAAAACAUCAGAAGGACAAAAUUUAAGAGGUUCCGGUCUUUCAUGUACUGCUUUUGGCUUUAAGAAUAAAAGGAUGGAACCCAAAAUGAAUUACCUGGGAUGGGAAUGCAAAGAGGCCCUAAAUCCCUAGGAAUAAAUGUGCUGAAUAUGCAGAGCAUCGUUUCCAUAUCCAUUAAUGGAACUACUGAAAACAUCAGUGCUGGCACUUUGGGGAGUUUUUGUUCUUGCUGAGCGUUUGAUGCUGGACUCUCAAGUCUGCUGGGUGUGAAACUUUCAGACAUGUAAACGGGAAGCUGGGCGUUAUGCGAUGGGCCCAGUCUGCGAGGUGCUGGAGGAGCAGUUCCCAUGCCUUCUGUUGCUUGCUGCCAUAGGAACAGCUUGAUGGUGGAAAUUGGGAUUUCCUACUGUCUGUAAGUUGAAUUUAUUAACCAGAUCUAACUUUUUGGUGCCAGGAAUCUAGUUUGUAGAGGGAGUGCUGAGUUCUGCAUUUGUUGAUAGCUAAUCGUGCCAGGCAGUUCCGCGCUCAGAUAACUGAAUCACUGCUGACAAGGGGUUAAUAGGAGACACAAGCUUAGGUUCUCCUGGCCAGGAAAUAUAGAUAAUUGAGAAAUGUGAGUCGAGCAUUUCCAGAACCAGCUGCUUCAUGAAUGUUUCAAAGCAAAGAUUUUGGUUUUUAGCAUCUGUCUUGUUACUAAGACUAUGUACAAACAUGCUGAAUUAGAGAGUUCUCACCUGUCUCCUCACAGCGUUAACUCCACAUCGUACCAUGAAAGUCUCCUUUGUAGUGACAUGCUGUGCCUGUCUUUUUAGAAAAUUCAUGACCUCUUUAUAUCUAUUUUGUGGAAAGUGUAACUUUUUCAUUGAUGACUUGUAUAAAUGUGUGUUACAAAUGGAGAGAUUUAAGCUUGAAAAGCAUGUUUGCAGAAUACACAGCUUCGUUAUGGAAUUUAUAAAUUUAACAGAGUAAUAUACCAGAGCAUAACUAUUUUCCUUAAGUAGAAUGUAUAACAAUAUAUAAUAAAUUAUUCUCCACAUAGUUCACCGAUAUUUACAGUUUUACACAAUUCAAACUGUGUGUUUACAGAAAGUUCAAUAAAUGUAUAUUUUGUACUAUGUACAGAUUCCUGGUCCCAAAGAAAAUGUGUGAACUUAGUUUCUAACUUAACUUUUGAGAUUGUACCUUUUUUUUUUUGUUUGGAAUCAGUUGAACAAACUGCAUUACGCCUGUUGACGGUGGAGGCUUGCUUUGGAGUAAAUGGGAAUUGGAAAUAUUUCUAAUCUACAAAAGUGAUUCCACUAAAUAAAACAGGCAAUGACA